AUGACUGACUUUGGAGGCAGCCAUGCCUUCUUUUCGGGAGCGAGACGCAACAUGUUGCGGUCCCGCUCUUCCUGCGACGUGCCAGCAGAAGUGCUGGUACCUCGUUGCGAAGUGGUGUCCAUAGGAGAACCGACACCACUGUUAGCGCCCGAGUCUCGCGACCUCGAGCGCCUUCGCUUCGGCGACGGUUCAUCUGAUUCGUCAGACGAACCAAAGAUGCUACGACGCGUAGCAUCAUCCAUGCCACGCUUGGCAGGCGGCUUGGUUUCAACCGCCUUUGAUACAGAUCCCUGA